AUGCCCUCGAGCUGCCCGCGCCCCGCACGGACCCCGGGGCUGCGGUCCCCGCCGGCGGGCGCCUCUGGAUCCGAUCUACUGGCGGUAGACGGGCGACCGGACGGAGGAAGAGAAGCGCCGGUGGUGGUGGGAACGGGGCACCCCGAAACUUCCAGACCCGUGGGCUCCCCGACCAAUCGACCCCCUUUUCACCGACAAGACGAACUGCCCAGCGCCUCCGGGACCCGACACGCGAAUCCUGCAGGAAACCCGGGUCCGGGCUGUUUGUUGGUUAAAUGCCCCAGUGCGGGAGGGAAGAAAGCCACAAACGCCAGCCUGGUGCCAGCGCGGCCCCGAGGCCGGGCGGGGGUCCCCGAGGCCGGGCGGGGGGCUCCGCCGCACGCCCAUGCCCUUCCGGGUAACCCCGGGGCCGAGCGCGGCCGGGGGAGACACAACUUCGGGGGCCGCAGGGGGAGGUGGGGGCCCCGGGGCACCCCGAACUCCCGGGCAACCCCUGCUAUCCGGGACUCGGCUCGAGCCCCCAAGCCCGCCGCCGCCCCGCCUGGGCUCCUCUCCCCGCCCGCGGGCUGCCCGGGGACGGAAGAGAAGCGGUGGCCCCGACACCCCAAACUCCAUCCCGGCGCCGCCCGCCCUCCCGGCGCGCCCCUCAGCGCCUCGCGGGAGCCGCCGCCGCCGCCGCUCGCGGCGGGCAGCCCGGGCGCCGCGCCCUCUCCCCGCCGUCUCGCCUUGCACCCCACCCCUCGCUCGCCGUCGCCGCCGCCUCCUCCUUUAUCUCCACUCACCGCCAGCCGCCAUUUUCCUCGCAGCUCAGCUUUAAAUCGGAAACUCGCCGCUCUGCCCGCAGCCGCCACCGCCGCCGCUGACUACGCCGCGGCCGCCGCCGGCGCUGUGAGGGGGCUGAGGCGGCAGCCGCCAGAGGCGAGGCGCGGGGACCGCUGGGAUUUGUAG